UUUACCUCUUAUUAUUAUUAUUAUUAACAAAAUGAUAUCGGAGAGUCGAUCAAAAAGUGAUCGAUCAUCUACUUCUAUAAAAAAGACGACAUCAGAAUCAGUAACACAAAUAGGAAUUAAACGUAAAAAUAGUAAUGAUGAAUUAGAAAACCAACUGUCAGCACAAAAGAAAGCAGCCAUACAACCUUCUUCUACAUUAAAAAAUAAACAAUCAUCACCCAGUACAAAGUCUGAAGAAACGAUCUUUCAAAAAGUGAAAACAUUAUUUCGUCGUACAACUGUCCCUUCACGAUUAGUAGGUCGAACGAACGAACGUCAGAUUCUGGUUGACUUUUGGGAAAAGCAUGUGUUGAGUAAUUUACCUGGCUGUCUUUAUAUUUCAGGUAUGCCAGGCACAGGUAAAACGGCUUUAUUAACAGAGGUGAUGCGAACGAUGGAAGAAGAGGUCAAGAGACAAUCACAUCAAGUUCAUAGGGUGGUUAUCAAUUGCAUGUCAAUGAAGGAACCUAAACAAAUUUAUCAUGCUCUAGUAGAUGCAUUACCCACUAGUCAUAAUAAGGAGACAUCCUCUGAUAUUGUGAAAAGAGCUGAAGAGAUCAUGUUGAAUUCAAAAAGGAAUGCAUUGAAUGUCGUUAUAUUAGAUGAAAUUGAUUCGCUCAUCACUAGAGAUCAAGAUGUGCUCUACAAGUUGUUUGAAUGGGCCUCUAUACCCACAUCACGUUUAGUGUUGAUCGGUAUUGCAAACGCACUUGACUUGACAGAUCGUAUCUUGCCACGACUGAGAGCCAAGAACUGUGAACCUGAUCUAUUGAAUUUUAACCCCUAUCGAGUAGACGAAAUCACAGAGAUCAUUCAAGGACGAUUAGAGGAGGAACCUGAGAGAUUGAUACAACCGACUGCGAUUGAAUUAUGUGCACGUAAGGUAGCUGCCUCAAUGGGUGACUUACGUACAGCUUUAGAUGUCUGUCGUCAAGCCACUGAACUCGCUGAAUUGGAAUACAAAAGGAGACAAACCUUAAAGGAUGCACAACAGAUGCCCUUACCGAAAGUGACAGUAGCUCAUGUCAUGAAGGUCUUGAAUGGUGUCUUUGGUACCUCAACACAGCAAAAAUUAAAGCAACUUAAUUUACAACAAAAGGUCGUCUUGGGUGCCUUAUUGGUCCUACAACGACGUCAGUCCGGGAAGGCAUUAACGUUAGGACAAUUUCGUGAUCAGUACAGUGGCAUGUUGACAGGGACUUCAAUGACAGCUGUAUCGAGAACAGAAUUAAACGAUUUAGUGACACUAUUAGAGACAUUAAGUAUUAUUAGUUUAGGGAAACAUAGAGAGGAACGAAUGAGGAAGAUACAAUUGAAUGUACAAGAAAAUGAAAUUACAGAAAUGAUACACAGUGUACCCAUCUUGAAGGAAUGGAUGGAAGAAGUUGUUAUUUAAAUAUGUAUGUGUGUGUAAUAUAAAUGCAUAUGGAUAUGGAUAUGUAUAUGUAUAUAGAGACCAUAUUGAACGUAGAAAAAAAAAAAAAAAAAAAAAAAAA